AAAAAAUAAAAAAAAAUAAAAAAAAAUAAAAAAAAAAUCCCGCAGCCGCAGCACGGGGGCGGGACCGGCCCCGGGAGGGGGGCGGCGGGGAGCGGAGCCGGCGCCAUGAUCUGCCUGCUGCUCGCACUGUUCGCCAGCCUCCUGCACGGCGCCCGUCCCGGUGUCACGGAGCGCACCUUCGUGGCCAUCAAGCCGGACGGCGUCCAGCGGCAGCUGGUCGGGGAAAUCAUCCGGCGCUUUGAGAGGAAGGGCUUCAGGCUGCUGGGGCUGAAGCUGCUGCAGGCCUCGGAGGAGCUGCUGAAGGAGCACUACGUGGCCCUGCGGGACCGACCCUUCUACGGGCGGCUGGUGAAGUACAUGAGCUCGGGGCCCGUGGUCGCGAUGGUCUGGCAGGGCCUGGAUGUGGUCAAGAUGGCUCGAAUGAUGAUCGGGGAGACUAACCCGGCUGAAUCCCUGCCCGGCACCAUCCGAGGAGACUUCUGCGUUGAUGUUGGGAGGAAUGUGAUUCACGGCAGCGACUCGGUGGAGAGUGCCCGGCAGGAGAUCUCGCUCUGGUUCCGCCCCGAGGAGCUGACGUGCUGGGAGGACGCGGCUGAGCGCUGGAUCUACGAGUGAUGAGGGAGCCCGAGGGAAGCAGGGGUCUUCCUUGAUGUUUCUGCGUUUCCUUCUGGCCCUGGGGCUGGCUGGGGGCUCUGCUGUGGUGUCGCUGUGGGGGUUUCUCUUGUGUGUGUGUGGAGGGUUCCGGGAGCUGCUCUGACUGGAACUCAGUACUCCAGCUGACUGCAAUAGCACCUAUUUUUUUUUUUUCCUCCUGUCUGCUGCACUAAGUAGUUAGUGUAGCUGCUCUGCUUGCUAUGGCAUCCUAAAACCCCAGGCUCAAGGUGAUUUUCUGAUGGAAGGCAGAAGCUGGGCCCUGUUCCUGUCCUUGCCUGGCGCAGGAUGCACGCUUCUGGCCAUGGGGAGAGGUGUGCUGGUCACUGUGGGGUGAUGUGAUCCCUGUCCUCACCUGCAUCUGCGAGAUUCCUCACCAAAGGGUUUUAAAGAACUGAGCUGCCGUGGGAUCAGUGCAGGGGCUGCUGACCCAGCUCGGUGACCCUCCUCACUUCAUGUGUCCCCUGCCUGCAGGGUGCAAGUGGCCUCUGGAGGAGGAAGAGGCUCCGAGGACUCAGCCAGGCUCCUGUGAGCGUCGGGAGGCGAUGUUAGGACCUGCUGCAGGACAACCUCAGAGCCACCCACCUGAAUGCGUUCCUCUGUCCCAUCUUUUCUCACUGUUCCUUUUGAUUUUCACACCACUGCCUGUUUCUUUGUGCUCUGAGCCCCUCGAGCCUCCUUCCAGAGCGUAAGGGCAGGGACACUGUUGGUGUGUUGUGCUGCGGAACAGCCGUGGUGAAACCUGAAGGAUUGAGGCUCCCGGGGCUUUGCUGCGUGCGGGCUGAGAUGUUCUGAGCUCAGCUCUGCUCAGCUGCCUGACUGCAGCACUUCUGGCAGAGCUCCUCCUGCCUUCAGGGCCUUCUCCAAGCAGUUGUUUGCAGCUCUAAACAUCUUAACAGAUUGUUUGUUCCCUUAAGUCAUCCACAUGUUGUGCUUUUUUUUAAAUAAUAAACUCUGGAGAAUCCCA